AUGAGAAAAGCAUUAAAGGGACAUGACAGCCCUGCCGGCUUUACAGUUGAACCAACAAAGAGCAGGCAAUACCCACUGAUCACAAAAAGUGAUCUAGACUUUGCCGAUGACAUAGCAUUGAUACUCAACCACAUUGAUGAAGCACAGUGUCGGUUACAAAGUGUAGUGAAUGCAGCCACAAAUCUCAGACUACAUCUAAAUGCAGUUAAAACUCAGGCAAUCAUCUACAAUCGAGACCCAACAGUAAUUAAAACCAAAAGCAAUGAUUCAAUAAGAAAAGUGGCUGAUUUUAAAUACUUAGGUUCUUGGAUUAAUAAAUGAUUCUGUCAAAGACAUGAAAACAAGAAAAGCUUAAGCCUGGGUGGUGUGUAAUAAGCUGGCCAAAAUUUGGAAAUCCAGCCUGUGUAGGAGUUAAAGGUUAUACUAUUCCCGACAACAGCAGGAAGUGCUUUACUUUAUGGCAGCAAAAAAUGGACACUAGCCAAAAGCACAGAAAAUCAAAUUGAUGGUGCCUAUACUAGAAUGCUUCACACAACACUAAACAUUUAUAAUUUGGAGGGACCACAUUACCGAUGAUGAUCUGUACAGUCACCUCACAAACGUUUCUAUAUAGCAAGAUCAGGGAGAGUAGCUGGGCAUUGUGUGGGACACAAAGAGGAAGAGGCAUCGCAUCUUUUAAGAGAGGAAGAUCUGGGACCAAGUACAUACACACUUUGCUUGAGGACACCGGGUUUGCCACUAUUGGAGAACUCAGAAUGCCAAUGCUAG